AUGAGCUUAGAAAUCAAAUGGAUAAACUUGAAAAACUCUCAAGGACGAGGACAUGAGAUCAAAGAAGUGGUAAGAAGUUGGUUAGAUAGAGAUGAUGCCACACAAAGAGAAGUAAGAAGUUGGUUAGAUGGAGUUGAUGAUGCCGCCACAAUACUACUUCAAGAGAACAAGGGAUGUUGCUUCCAAUGGGACUGUGGCCGUGCUCAUUAUCGUGUGGGCAAAGAAGCAAAAAGGAAGACCACCGAUGUAGUCAUUAAUCUCCUAAAGGAAGCUGGCCAAUUUGAUUCUUCUGUGUCAAUUCCUCCUCCACCUCCUCCUGGCAUAGAAUCCAUGCCGUCAAUGCUUGAUUUCCAAGCUUUUGAGCCCAUCAAGUUGGCGAUGGAGCAAAUUAUGGAAGCGUUGGAGGACAAGAAGUUCGACUUCGUCAGAAUUUAUGGGAUGGGCGGGGUCGGUAAAACGACCAUGAUGAAUGAAUUGGCAAAGAAACUUAAAAACGAAAGGGUCUUUGAUCGGAUUGUGAUGAUCACCAUAUCUCAAAACAUUAUUUUGAAUAAGAUUCAAGCUGAUAUUGCAAAGAACCUGGGGUUCAAAUUCGAAGAAGCAAAUGAAUCGGUAAGGGCAAGACGUUUAUUUGCCAGAAUUGAGCAAGAGAAACGAAUCCUCAUAAUCUUGGAUGAUCUAUGGGAACCACUGACAUUAACCGAUAUUGGAAUUCUCUAUGGAGACAGAGUGAUCGGCGACAUAAUUGGCUGCAAUGAUGGAAGAAGAUGCAAUAAUUGA